AUGAAUGGGCCACCAAAGCUACCAGACAUCCUUGACUAUUAUGAUGUUCUCGGGGUCAAUGAGCGGGCAUCGUACGCCACAAUCGAGAGAUGCGUCAAGCGAUUACAACAAUCGCAUCAUCCAGACAGUAGACGAGCUGGCGCGCAGCCUAGCACUGUGAUCUUCCAGAACGUUGGCAUUGCUUGGGACACCCUCCAAAGCGAUGGGAAGCGCGCCAGAUAUGACAAGACUUAUCCUCACAUACGAAAGCAAUGGGACGUCUAUCGAGUUAACCUCGCCAAAUGGAACGAUGAGCAACGGGAAAACGAGCAGGGUCAAGCCAGAGCCGCAGCACGACGGCGAAAGAUUGAGGAAGAGAAAGUAAAAAUCGAAAACGCGAAACAGAAGGUAUUGGAAGAAAAGGCCAAGGAAGCUGCAAGACGUCUUGCCAAGCGUAUGGAGGGCGAGAAGGCUCUUCGAGAACAACAGGCCAAGAAAGAGGAAGAGAUUCGCCAACGAGAAGAAGAAGCACUGCGUGUGCGAGAGAGACUCCAAGAAGAACGGCGACGACAACGAUUGGCACGAGACGAAGAAGAGACACGCAUCAAGGCAGACUGGGCGAGAGCCCAGAGAGAAAGAAAACUUGCCGCAGAUGAAGAAGCAGCAGCCCGAGAGCGUCUAAGAAAGCAACAGGAGAAACUACCCCGACCCAACAAAGACGAUGACACGCAGUCAGCAGAACCGACAUCGGACGAGAGUGAAGAGAGACAAAGACUUGCCAGGAAACAGCGAGCUGCUGAAGAAAGAGAGGCUCUGGUCAUUGCGGCUGCUCAAGAACGACAGGCCAGGGCUGCUCAAGACCGCCUCAAUCGUCAACAAUCUGGCUCUGAGUCGCUCAAGCGACCAGUUGCAGAUGAGAGUGUGGGAGCCCAAGCUUUAAACAGGACGAAGCGCCCCAGGCCAGAAAAGGAGCUUAAAAGCACAAUGAAAGACUUCAAGAAGUGGGCGGCUUAG